UUUUAAACGAAAAUAAUUAUAUAAAAAAUGUCGAUAUGUAAAUAUACCUAAACUGAAUACGUUAAAGGCGUCUUAAAAGUCUGUCUCUUUUUCUCCUUCCAGUGUCCCUCUUUGUCACUCUCUCUAUUGCUCUCCUUCUCUACGUCUCAUUUUCUCCUGCGCUGUCUCUCUCUCUCUGUCUCUCUCUCUCUCUCUCUUCUUCUCUCUCUGUCUCUUUUCCUCCUUCCCUGUCUCUCUUUCUCUCUGUCUUUUAAUCUCUGUCUCUUUUUCUCCUUCCCUGUCUCGCAGUCUCUCUUUUCUCCCCCUGUCUCUUUUUCUCCUUCCCUGUCUCUCUCUGUCUCUCUUCCUCUCCUCUAUUUCUCUUUCCCUGUCUCUCCGCCCACUCUUUCUAUCUCUUUCCCUUUCUUUCCGUCUCUUUCUUUCUCUCCCUCUCUCCCUCCGUCUCUUUUUCUCCACCCCGUCCUCAUCUCCGUCUUUCCGUCCGCGCUCUGUCUCUCUCUCUCUCUCUCUCUGUCUUUUAAUCUCUCUGAGUCUUUUUCUCUCUCUGUCACUCUAUCACUCUCUUUCUGUCUGUCUCUGUCUCUUUCUCCUUUCCUGUCUCUCUCUGUGUAUUGCUCUCUCUCUUUCUCUCCUUAUCUCUCUCUAUUGCUCUCUCUCUCUCUGAGGAUUGUGGGUAACGGGCGAGAGCGCAGGACGGUGGUGGAAUUGUUUUUCACCGGCGAUUGUUUUAUUAAUCUAAGCGUUUCUAUACUUUUCAUGUUGAAACAUGUAGAUCAAUUUUUUUUUUUUCUGUUUCUUUUUGAAUGAGUGAUUAUUCUGUGUCCCCCCCCCCCCCCCUAAAUAAUUGGUAAAUAAAGAGAGUCUAAAAGUCAAAGGGGGCGCCAUUACAAACUCGGCACAGCUCACGACACGGCGACGUAAAUAACAGUUAGACCUUUUUUGUUGUUGUUGUUGUUGUUCGAAAUGCUUUUAUUUCCGAUACACGGAUCAGUGAUUCGUUCUUGUCAACACGGUCCGGACGGUCAGUCGGGGUCGAAGUCCGUAUUCGGCCGCUCUGAGGAUCUAAAGGCACAGCUAGUUCCUCUGAGCGCACGCAUGAGUGAAUUCUAAAUUCUAAAUUCCUAUUGUGAUGGAAUUCUUUAUCUCAGAAAGCAGCACUCGAAGCGUGUCGUAAAAGAAAGAGACUGUUUAAACACAGCAAAGCGCUCGACGAUGCCCAAGCUCAACGGCAACCGCUCGGAGGCCAGAAGCCCGAGAAAGCGCCGCCAGAGCCGCUCGAGCGGCGGAAGUGCGUGGAGCCGCUCGCGGGAGCGCGUGUCGAGUCCUGCGGCCGACGACCACAGACACGACGGGACCGACGGGCGCAAGUCGAAACGGUCCGAUAGCAGAGAGAAGAGCCGGAAACGCUUCCGGACGGGCGGCUCGCGCGCUCGGUCCAGAACGAGAGGACGGGAGAAGUCGGUCUGGGCUGACGAGCGGGACCGGGGACACCGUGCGGGCCCGAGAUCCGAUCACUACUACAAGAGAGACGAUAUCCAAAGCCAAAGACGAGAAGCCUUCCUCGCCAGGCGCUCGCAAGAGCAUGAGAGAAUCGCUGAGCGGGGAUGUCCUGAGGUCUGGGGCGCUUCACCGAGAGUCCGAGAGCCGGACCCGGACGAACCCACUCCAGUUGAAGCGGACGUGACGAACAGCAGCUCCGAGACAAGUCCCGGAGAGGAGAAGAUUGAGAAGAAGAAAAAGAAGGGAAAAUCGAAAGAACAAAAGAAAAGUCGCAAGCACUCGGAGGACGCCGAAUCCGAAAGUGACGCAGAAGAAGAGGUCAAGAAGAAGAAGGAAAGUAAACGGAAGAAAUCCAAGAAGAAGAAGGCUAAAAAGAGCCGCGAAGAGCCGAGCGGUUCCGGCAGUGAUCGGUCCUCCGAGGAAGACGAUGAUCUCGGAGUCCCGUGGGUGGAGAAAACUCUUCUGGAUGAUAACGUGGUCGGUCCUGAAGCUCCUCCAACUCACACGGCGCAGUAUGAGAAACCGUUAGAUUUCGGCCGUGCCCUGUUACCCGGUGAAGGUGCCGCCAUGGCGAAGUACGUGAAAGCAGGCAAGCGUAUUCCGAGGAGAGGUGAGAUCGGCCUCGCCAGCGACGAGAUCGCGGACUUUGAGAAAUCCGGCUACGUGAUGAGCGGGAGCAGACAUCGGCGUAUGGAGGCCGUGCGUAUGAGAAAGGAGAACCAGAUCUACAGCGCUGAUGAAAUAAGAGCCCUUGCCUCCUUCAACCUGGAAGAAAGGAGAAAGAAGGAAAUGAGAAUGCUUUCCAGUUUCCGGGAAUCCGUGUACAGAAAGACUCGGGGGAAAAGAAGAGAGCGUUGAAGGCGGUGCUAAAAUCCCAGCUCUGGGUUUCAUUGUACGAUCAUUUAGUAGGAACUUCUUAAUGUGCGCCAGUGACUGAGGAAGUCAUUUCUCAACCUUUGUCUGUGUUUUAUUUUCUCCUCUGGAUUAAAAAAGCUUCGAGUCUGAAGACGAUCUGUCGUAUUAAUGUCCAUAGAGCCGUGUAGACAUCAUUCAGAAUAGAUUUAAAAUGUACAGAUAAAGACACCGAAAACACGCCUCUCUCUCUCUCUCUCUCUCUCUCUCUCUCUCUCUCUCUCUCUCUCUCUCUCUCUCUCUCGUGGUGUGGAGUGCGUGAGAGCGUUUUUUUUUUCUCUUUUUAAUUAGUAAAUGUGAAGUUUAUGCGAGUGUCAGUGACCGGUGAAAGUCGAGCGUGGGGGAGAGUGCGAGCGGGACGCCAUGGCCUCUGAGGCCGGCGGGGAGACGCCGUGGCGGAGACACGUGUCAGGUGUGUACCGGAGAAGGGAGAACGGGUGGAGGAGGUUCCGCUAGCGGUGGGAGAGCAGGUCGGGUGCGGGAACAUCUCCUCCGCCUCCGGAAGGAACAGAGCGGCGGUAGUUUCCCCCAAAAAAGCGAGAUUCGCUAAAUACACCACUCAAAAAUGGAAUCUGGCUGAAAGGUGCUGCGCUACAUGUGACCCCUCUGUUUGCCCCUGCGACGCGGGUCGUAUUCUUUCUCUCCCUCUCUCCCUCUGUCUCUUUUUCUCCAUCCCCGUCUUCAUCUCCGCCUUUCCGUCCGCGCUCUGCCUCUCUUUCUCUCUGUCUUUCCGUGUCCCUGUCUCUCUCUGCCUCUCUUUCUCUCUGUCUUUUAAUCUCUCCGUGUCCCUGUCUCUCUCUGUCUCUCUUUCUCUUUUCUGCUCCCUCUGUCUCUUUUUCUCCUUCCCUGUCUCUCUCCGUCUCUCUUUCUCUCCCUCUCUCCCUCUGUCUCUUUUUCUCCACCCCUGUCUUCAUCUCCGCCUUUCCAUCCGCGCUCUGCCUCUCUUUCUCUCUGUCUUUCCGUGUCCCUGUCUCUCUCUGCCUCUCUUUCUCUCUGUCUUUUAAUCUCUCCGUGUCCCUGUCUCUCUCUGUCUCUCUUUCUCUCUUCUGCUCCCUCUGUCUCUUUUUCUCUUUCCCUGUCUUUAUCUCUAUCUUUC